AACAAUCACAAGCUUCUGGGGUUUCCGGUUUUCAGCAGUCGAUGAAGGAGGCUGAACGUGGUUUACCAUCGUACUAUAAUAUUAUGGGAGUCAAGGUCGAUGCUUCUAUUCAAGAUAUCAAGCGUGCAUAUCGAAAGCUUGCAAUGGAAUGGCAUCCGGAUAAGUGGACGAGAACACCUUCUAUUGAGUGAAGCAAAGCAUAAAUUCCAGCAGAUUCAAGAAGCUUAUUCUGUUUAUCAGACCAGAGGAAGAGAACUCUGUACGAAGCUGGAUUAUAUGAUCCCGAUGAUGAAGACGAUGAGGGCUUGUGAUGCAGGGGAUCUGAGACAGAUGAUGCUGAGAGAAAGUUUGCAGCCUGGAAGAGUUGCAGAAGAUGCUGUGGGAAAUGCACAAGAAUUUCAAUCAGCACCAUGGUUUGUGGAUCGAUUGAAGAACACGAUAGCUCGAAGAGGACGAAAUGGAUCCGAGUGGGAGAGGGUUCAAUAUUUUUGGCAACAGGCCGGUGCUUUUAUGAUCCGGCUAGAUGAGAGUGCUUUGUGA